UGUUGAAACACUAAAAGUAAAAACAAAACACAAACUCCCUCUCAUCUUCUUUUCUGCUAAUCAAAGGGUUUCUAUUGCAAAAAUACAGUGAGAAUUUCCUGUAUUGUGAUAUCUGGAACAUUUUAGAAGCUGGUAGUUUUACUGCUUCUUGGUCAGUACUACACAUAUGUGGCUCACCAAUAGAUGAUUCAGGAACAUCCUGUAAAUACACAUUUGUUUCUUUUAAAUUACUUCGCACACAGCUUUCGGAUUCCUUUGCUUCCAGCCCAGCUCUGUGAUCGAGCACCACUCUUUCCCAACAAGCACUCCUCGGGCCUUCCCUGCAUCCACCUGGGACAUCAUCUCUCAUGGCAGCUUUUCAGAACAAUUUAUGGAGCCUGAUUUCUGGAACCUUGGCAGUAGUGUGCCUUUCGUUGAUGGCUACUUUGGGAAUUUUACUGAAAAAUCGCUCUGGCUGCUGUCCUUGCCAAGAGAAGUGGAUUGGGUACCGAUGCAAUUGUUACUUCUUUUCCAGUGAACAAAAAACUUGGGCAGAAAGCAGGGAUUUCUGUGCUUCCUACAAUUCCAGUCUACUUCGGCUGGAAAGCAAAGAUGAAUUUAGGUUUUGGAUCUCCAGUAGACGUUAUUACUGGAUUGGACUCACUUAUAACAAAAGACGUGGUGCGUGGCUGUGGGAGGACGGCUCUGCUCUUUCCCGGGAUCUAUAUCCAUUUGUUCAAAUUCUAAAUCCACAGAGCUGCAUAUUAUAUAAUAGUGAUACUAUUUUGGAUGAAGAUUGUGAGAAGAAAUAUGGUUUUAUCUGUAAGCAACAGCGUAUUUAAGUAUUUCUUAGGGUUGGGGAGCAAUGAGGGUUCAGGUUUACCUUUCAUUUCUUAUAUUGUUACUAGUUAUCUACUUCUUAGGUCUAUACAUUUUUCAAUAUUUUGUCUUAUACAGUUUGUACAUAUUUGAAUACAUGUGUUUUAAAAUUGAUUAAAUUUCUGUGCCUAUACUUGAAUUUAUUAAGCAUCGAGAUAAAGAAUGUUAUGAAUAUUUAGAUUUUAUAUGUUUAAUAUUAAAUAUAUUGU